AUGGCGCCCUCAAAGUCUCAAACCAAGGGCGCGCUGUCGGCCCUGUCAGCUCUGGACGCGUUUCCCAAAGUCAAUGAAGACUUUUACCACAAGACUGCUUCUGGUGGCGUCAUCACCGUGGUUGCGUAUGCUUUCAUGCUCCUGCUCUUCCUAACAGAAACACGGCUGUAUCUGGCCGUCCAGCGGACCCACGAGCUGCAGGUUGACUCCACCAUUGGUGCCACCAUCAGCAUCGAUGUGGACGUCACGUUCCCACGCAUGCCCUGCGCAUGGCUCAGCCUGGACGCAAUGGACGUGUCAGGAGAGCUGCAUUUAGACGUGGAGCAUGACGUUUACAAGCAGCGGCUGUCGCAGGGCGGCACCCCAGUCUCUGAGGCCGAGCGCCACCUGCUGUCUGCCUCUGCUGCGCUCAACGGGGCAAACAGCAGCGGCUCGGGCGACAACGGGACUGCGGCGGCGUGCGGCAAUUGCUACGGCGCUGAGGACGAGGCACACCCCUGCUGCAGCACGUGCGACGAUGUGCGUGAUGCAUACCAGCGCAAGGGCUGGAUGAUGCUGAAGCUCACGGACGUCACCCAGUGCGCAGACACCCAGUACUUCGAUUCUAUUAAGACCCAGGAGGGCGAGGGCUGCCGCAUGUGGGGGCGCCUUCACGUGAACAAGGUGGCGGGCAACUUCCACUUUGCCGCUGGCCGCAGCUACCAGCAGGGCAGCGUUCACGUCCACGACAUCUCGCCUUUCAACGGGAAGACCCUAGAUUUCACCCACGACAUCAAGAAGCUCAGCUUUGGGCCGCAGUACCCGGGAAUGAAGAACCCACUGGAGGGCGUCUCAUCAGCAGCGCCUGGCGGCCUCGGGGAGGCGGCGCUGGCCGCCGCGGCGAACAAAAAAGGACGAGCGGCUGCAGCGGGGGAGGGCAAGGAGAAGGAGACCCAGACAAAGGGCAGCAAAGUGGCUGUGGCAGCACCACCAGGAAUGUACCAGUACUUUUUGAAGGUUGUCCCCACUGUUUACGUCGAUCCCUCGAACAAGACCCUUGUUUCAAACCAGUACAGCGUGACAGAGCACUUCCGGGAGAGCACGCCGACGCCGGCCAAUGCUGUUGCGCCGACCGGCAACAACGCCCGCACCCUGCCGGGAGUAUUUUUCUUCUACGACCUGUCCCCCAUCAAGGUCCACAUUGCCGAGUCGAGGUCGUCGUUCCUGCAUUACCUCACAAACCUUUGCGCCAUCGUGGGCGGCAUCUUUGCGGUGUCCGGCCUGCUGGACGGCGCGGUGCAUCAGGGGGAACGCAUCAUCCGAACCAAGAUGCAGAUGGGCAAGUUCUCUUGA